AAAGAUGACAAUUACAACAUGGAGAAAAAAUCCCACAGUGUGAAAACUGACCUUAUGCAAAAGGUGAUCCCGCCCGUUUUGUUUCUGCUGCUGGCUGUCCUGCUGCUGAACCUGUUCCUCUAUCAAUAUCUCAGCAAGGUCUCUGUUUCCUAUGGCAAGUCCAAUCUGGGACACAGUGUUUGUCCGCAUGGCUACUUCCGAUUAGGAACCCUGAAGAACUGCUCACCGUGGUUAUCUUGCGAGGCCAUAAGAAGUGAGGUCCGCAAACUGAAACGUGUGGGUGAAGGCGCUGUGAAACGGGUCUUCCUUUCCGAGUGGAAAGAAAACAAAGUUGCUCUUUCACAGUUAACAACGCUGGAGCUGCGGGAGGACUUCCUUCAUGGGCUGCAGAUGCUGAAAUCUCUACAAAGCAAGCGUGUGGUCAAACUUCUCGGCUUUUGUGAAGAGGAUUUCCUGAUUCUAACGGAGUACCAUCCCUUUGGCUCCUUGAAGAAUCUGAAUCAGAUACUGAACCUUCCAAAAUACAAGAACUACAAUUGGUGGCACCGCAGGUUCAUGCUGGCUAUAGAUUAUGUGAGCAUCAUCCAUUUCCUGCACAACAGUCCUCUGGGCACCCUUGUGAUGUGUGACUCCAGUGACUUGGAUAAAGUACUCUCGCAGUAUUUACUAACCAGCGACUUCCACAUCCUUGUGAAUGACUUGGAUGCCUUGCCCCUUGUGAACAGGAGCGUGGGAGGACUGGUCAGGUGUGGCCACCAGGAGCUUCAGGGUGAGUUUGUAGCUCCUGAGCAGCUGUGGCCUCACGGACCAGAAAGGCCGUUUGAAGACAGCCUCAUGCCUCCAUACGAUGAAAUGACAGACAUAUGGAAAAUCCCCGAUGUUACAAACUUUCUGUUGGGAGACGCAGAAGGGAGUGAUCUUGUCAGGUUUCAUUUGUUUGAUAUCCACGUGGCAUGCAAGAAGAGCCCAGCCGAAAGGCCCUCGGCUGAGAAGGUUUUAGACUCGUACAGGAAAGUUCUAACAUCUCUUGUUCGAGGAACGGUAAUGCCAGGGACCAGGGACAUGUUAUAG